AUGGCAUUCAAAUUUACUCGUUCCACUCGGUAUUCGGUGGACAACCCCUUCGCUGUCCAAAAUCUUACCAGUGGUUCAGCUACUACAACGCCAGACACCAAGGACAGAAUCAUUAUUGCCCUUGACUUCGGGACAACCUAUUCAGGCGUUGCUUACUGUUUUUGCAACUCGUCCGAAAAGCCCGAUGUCAAACCAGUAGUCGACUGGUUGGGACUGGAGGGCCGCACACAGCCCAAAGUGCCCACUGCCAUCUUGUAUGAUCCAGGUGACAGUACAAAGUUCAAGUGGGGAGGGCAAGUCACCUGGCGUGACGGCCAUGUUCGAGGUGUCAAGCUUCUACUUGACCCGCAGCAAACAAGACCUUCUUAUCUUCCGUUUAGUAACUACAAGAGUGAUAUCAAAAGACUUCCAAAAGAUGUUAUUGAUGUAGCAGCGGACUUCAUGGGUGCUAUGUACAACCAUGCCCUGGAGAAGAUCGCGUCUAGAAUGCCAAGAGACUAUCUUGAUCUUUGCCAGAAAGACUUUGUUUUGAGUGUACCAGCUGUUUGGUCAGACAUGGCCAAGGAAAGUACCAUGCAGGCUGCGAAAAAGGCAGGUAUUUUCCCAGUGGCUGUAAUCAAUGAGCCAGAGGCCGCAGCACUCUACACCUUUAUGAGUCAAGAGCGAGCAUUGGUUGAGGGAGAUUGUUUUGUCGUUUGCGACGCGGGAGGUGGCACUGUCGACUUGAUCUCGUAUGAAGUUGUCUCAACACAGCCAUCUCUUGACCUCGCAGAAGUGGUUCCUGGCAUAGGUAAUAUGUCAGGAUCCCUGGGUCUUAAUCGGCGUUUUGCGGAAGCUGUCCAGAACCUGAUUGGCGACGAAGAGUGGUUCCGCCUGAAGAAUCACGAAGCUUGGCCACAUGCCGACCGUCAGUUCGACCAGAACAUCAAGACAGCGUUCAACGGCGAUUUGGAGGACGAAUACAUUGUCAACUUCCCAGGCGCUUAUCUUGACGAUGAUGAUGAUGAGGGCCUUCGAAGAGAUACUUGGUACAUGUCUGGUGAGGCGGUGCAAGACAUAUUCGAGCCCUUAAUUGCAGACAUAAUUCGCUUGGUGAAUGAGCAAGUUCAAGGAGCCAAGCUGAAACGACCUGGAAAGCCCGUAAAUGGAAUCGUUCUUGUCGGUGGUUUUGGUGCAAGCCAAUACCUCAAAACUCGGAUUGGGAGAGCGAACCCAGAUAUCCAAGUCAUUCAGCCGGACGAUGCGUGGGCGGCCAUUGUAAAAGGCGCAGCCCUUAGCCGCUUGUCUUAUGCAAAUGUCGUCUCAACCAAGGCUCCUCGUCACUAUGGUGUAGUUUUCCGCAUUCCCUACGAACCCGCAACCGACAAAGGACGGCCAACGUUUGUUGAUGAAAUCGAUGGCAGGCUUCUGACGGCCAGAAUGAAAUGGUAUAUUCUCAAAGGAGAAAACCUUAAACGCGAUCAAGAUAUCCGGAGCACCUUCUCCCGGAAUAUUCCAAAGGCUCACUCCGACAGUGAUCUUGUGUUUCGAGAAAAGCUUUCGAUGUCAGAGGCGGUACUGGCGCCGCAGCAUCCUACAAGCGAUGUCAAGACCAGCUGCACUCUGACGAGCGAUCUACGCUCAGUUGAUAAAUCGCUUUUCAAAGGCCGGGUUGGCAUUGAUGGGAGAGAAUGGCUGCAAAUUGAUUUUGUACUGGUGAUUUCGACAAAAGAGGCCGCGAUGAAGUUUUGGCUUGAGUAUGAUGGCAAGGAAGUGGGUUCAGUUUAUGCGACUUAUUAG